AUGACACAUGGUAGCAAUUAUUUCACUCACUCGCUAUCUUAUUCUCUAUUGUACUGGUCACUUUUCUUACAAACUUUAUUCGGCGGUUUCAUCUUCCGGAACUAUAACACACUUCGUCAAUUAUGGUGUAGGAGGCAAUUGUUUAUAUGUGUACAACUCCUAGUGUGGUUUAUUCUCCAAGGACGGCUCAACACGAAGGAGAGAUUAUUCAGAUUUGGGCUCCAUGGGAUUGAAGAUAAUUUGUGUGUCUUUUGCAAAGAAGAGCCAGAGACGGUUGAUCAUGUCAUUUUCGGAUGCAGCUGGAUGGACGCUCCUUUCAUCAAGUUUGAUAAAAAGUUGUGGUGCUCCCUCUUCUAUGUGACAGCAAGGUCCAUUUGGUGACUGAGGAACAAAAUUGUUUUCGAGAAGAUUGUCUCAAGUUAGGAAACUGAGAAGAGACUCUUGCUGUGGAGGCUAGGUUCAUGGGCCAAGGGAUGGUGUCCAGAGUUUCUUUUUUUACCGGAACAAAUUUAUGAGAAGCUGAGCCGGGUUAGAAGAUGGACUGACAUCAAGCAUAAGACUAAGGUUGCAAUCAAAGACCACUAAUGAGGUUCGUCUUUCCCUCGGUUUGAUGUAAUGCUUUGUUGGCCUUGCUUGCUUGGUUGCUUGAUGGCUUUUGCUUUUGGUGUGAGUUGUGGUGUGAGCUUUGGCCGUUUGAUUGUUUUUGCUUUUGGUUUUUUUGUUGGUGCUUAGUUUUUUCGCUGGCCUUGGUAGGUUUGUUUUUUUGUUGGGGUAUUGAUGUUGAACUCUUGCUCACCAUCUUUUGGUUUGAUCCUACUUUUAUCAAAAAAAAAAAAAAAAAA